AGCUUUCUAAAACCAAUUUUUCCAACAACAACGAUUUCCGUGCUCUUCUGCAGUCUUUGUAUGCUACUUUCAAGGAGUUCAAAAUGCAUGAGCAGAUUGAAAAUGAAUACAUUAUUGGUUUGCUUCAACAACGCAGCCAGACCAUUUAUAAUGUACAUUCUGACAAUAAACUCUCUGAGAUGCUUAGCCUCUUUGAAAAGGGACUGAAGAAUGUUAAGAAUGAGUAUGAGCAGUUAAAUUAUGCAAAACAACUGAAAGAAAGAUUGGAGGCUUUUACAAGAGAUUUUCUUCCCCACAUGAAAGAGGAAGAGGAGGUUUUUCAGCCCAUGUUAAUGGAGUAUUUUACCUAUGAAGAGCUUAAGGAUAUUAAAAAGAAAGUAAUUGCGCAGCAUUGCUCUCAGAAGGAUACUGCAGAACUUCUUAGAGGUCUUAGCCUAUGGAAUCAAGCUGAAGAGCGACAGAAGUUUUUUAAAUAUUCUGUGGAUGAAAAGUCAGAUAAAGAAGCAGAAGUGUCAGACCACUCCACAGGUAUAACCCAUCUUCCUCCUGAGGUAAUGCUGUCCAUUUUCAGUUACCUUAAUCCUCAAGAGUUAUGCCGAUGCAGUCAAGUAAGCACUAAAUGGUCUCAGCUGGCAAAAACUGGAUCGCUUUGGAAACAUCUUUACCCUGUUCAUUGGGCCAGAGGUGACUGGUAUAGUGGUCCUGCAACUGAACUUGAUAAUGAACCUGAUGAAGAAUGGGUGAAAAAUAGGAAAGAUGAAAGUCGUGCUUUUCAUGAAUGGGAUGAAGAUGCUGACAUAGAUGAAUCUGAAGAGUCUGCAGAGGAAUCAAUUGCUAUCAGCAUUGCACAAAUGGAAAAACGUUUACUCCAUGGCUUAAUUCAUAAUGUUCUGCCAUAUGUCGGUACUUCCGUAAAAACUUUAGUAUUAGCAUACAGCUCUGCAGUUUCCAGCAAAAUGGUUAGGCAGAUUUUAGAGCUUUGCCCUAACCUGGAACAUCUGGAUCUUACCCAAACUGACAUUUCAGAUUCUGCAUUUGACAGUUGGUCUUGGCUUGGUUGCUGCCAGAGUCUUCGGCAUCUUGAUCUGUCUGGAUGUGAGAAAAUCACAGAUGUGGCGCUAGAGAAGAUUUCCAGAGCUCUUGGAAUUCUGACAUCUCAUCAGAAUGACUUUUUGAAAACUUCUACAAGCAAAAUUACAUCGACUACGUGGAAAAAUAAAGACAUUACCAUGCAGGCCACCAAGCAGUAUGCCUGUUUGCCUGAUUUAACUAACAAGGGCAUUGGAGAAGAAAUAGAUAACGAGCACCCCUGGACUAAGCCUGUUUCUUCUGAAAAUUUUACUUCUCCUUAUGUGUGGAUGUUAGAUGCUGAAGAUUUGGCUGAUAUUGAAGAUGCUGUGGAAUGGAGACAUAGAAAUGUUGAAAGUCUUUGUGUAAUGGAAGCAGCAUCUAGCUUUAGUUGCUCCACCUCUUGUUGUUAUAGUAAGGAUAUUGUUGGACUAAGGACUAGUGUCUGCUGGCAACAGCAUUGUGCUUCUCCGGCCUUUGCAUAUUGUGGUCAUUCAUUUUGUUGUACAGGAACAGCUUUAAGAACUAUGUCCACACUCCCAGAGUCUUCUCCAGUGUGUAGAAAAGCAUCAAGGACUAGAUUGCCUAGGGGAAAAGACUUAAUUUACUUUGGGAGUGAAAAAUCUGAUCAAGAGACUGGACGUGUACUUCUGUUUCUCAGUCUGUCUGGAUGUUAUCAGAUCACAGACCAUGGUCUCAGGGUUUUGACUCUGGGAGGAGGGCUGCCUUAUUUGGAGCACCUUAAUCUCUCUGGUUGUCUUACUGUAACUGGUGCAGGCCUGCAGGAUUUGGUUUCAGUGUGUCCCUCUCUCAAUGAUGAAUACUUUUACUACUGUGACAACAUUAACGGUCCUCAUGCUGAUACUGCCAGUGGAUGCCAGAAUUUGCAGUGUGGUUUUCGAGCCUGCUGCCGCUCUGGCGAAUGACCCUUGACUUCUGACCUUUGUCUACUUCAUAUAGCUGAGCAGGCUUCCUUUCAUGCACUUUACUUAUAGCACAUUUCUUGUGUUAACCAUCCCUUUUUGACGUGACUUCUUUUGGCCCAUUUCUUACAACUUCAGAAAUCCUAAUUUACCAGUGAACUGUACAGUGUUGUUUCUCUUUCAAAUUAUAUUUUUGUUUUAGGGAUUAGGCUUUUUCAUGAGGGUGAAAACAGUCUUAUCAGAUCACUUUUAAAAUGCUUUGAAAAGAAUGUUGUUAAUGCCGUGACAUUUAAAGUAUUUUAUAGAUUAUUCUGAGUUUUAAAAUCAACAGGGAUUAUUGGUUCUCUUUACAUACAAACACUGUACCUGUACCAAGCUUUGCAGGUCUUUUCAGACAUGCAUUUCUGAACAUUUAUUUUCAAAGACUGUACAUUUUGGAAACUCAUCUCUUUUCCAUAAUGUUUCCUUUAUUUGAAUAAUUACAAGAGGGCCAAUUCAAACAAACCCAUAUAUAAUAUUCUUUAAUAUUGUAGAAUAAAUUGGUUUCUUGGUGUCAGCUCAAUGAGCUAGCAAAGCACCAAUCUUCAUCUUUGCUUUCUUCCAAGACCUCGGUUCUCACCAUUGUCCCUAAGUUGUCAAAUUUGGGAGGGAUUUUUACAAAUUCCCACAAUCAUUGAAGAAAUGUAUAAAUAAAACUUACUUUGAGGACUUUACCAAGUGA